GAGCGGUACAGUUAUAUCUGUUGCUGGCGAUAACGAACGUCGACAACCUUGUUCGCGGCGCAGUUAAAGUCGAUAUUCGCUUACCGCGAGCAUUUUGUUCCGUCUCCGCACUCGUCGGUGCGACAGCGGUUCGUUACCGCAACAGACAGUCCACAACGCGCACGGCUCGCGAAUUGUCGUGCAUGUCGUGUGGUUUGCGUAUAACAACCACCGAACAAAACCAAAACGCCUGCGUGCGAGUGCGGAAAGUGCGUUCCGCCGUGUUUGCAGUGCGUGCGUUUCGAGUGCACCACGCCACCAUCGAAAAUUAGUGCGACCGCCAGGUUGAUACAGGUAGAAAUCGUCGUUCUUGUAUUAAUGGUCGACAUCAAUGUGCGCGACGCACCGAGCCGUCGUCGUGGUGUGCUGCAGCGUGCGUGAGUUCGCAGGUAUCGGCUGAGAAAUCAUAGUUUUCGUUUAUAGUGUUCGCUAUCUGGUUUGUGUACGCGUGAGUGUGAGUGCAUGUGCGCCGCGUAUGUGAUGCCUGCAGCAUGAAACAGUUCAUCAAGUUAAAGUGAUCCGGACAGCAACACACAAUACAGCACGCGACGUCAUGGCAACCAGGACGAAAACCAAACCUGGACACCAAAUAUGGGACAAGAAUUUAGCACACAACGCAAAUGUAAACUGCGUUGCGCUGGGCCGGAAGUCCGGUGUGGUGAUGGUAACCGGUGGCGAUGACAUGAAAGUAAACCUCUGGGCAGUCGGAAAACCCGGGUGUUUUAUGAAUCUAUCCGGACACACCACACCAGUGGACUGUGUGAGUUUCAACCAAACCGAAGAACUGGUUGUUUCCGGUUCACGCACAGGCGCGUUGAAAGUCUGGGACCUGGAGGCCGCGUCUCUGGUACGCACAUUAACCGGCCAUCGUGAUAGUGUCCGAUGCACAGAUUUCCAUCCCUAUGGCGUGUAUCUUGCCUCUGGCAGCGCGGACAAAGCGAUCAAAGUGUGGGAUCGUCGCUGCAAAGGCAACAUUUGCAACUUUGUCGGGCAUACCGAUAAAGUAAACAGCAUUAAAUUCUCACCGGAUGGUUACUGGAUAGCGUCGGGUAGUGAUGACAGGACAAUCCGCCUCUGGGAUAUGCGCAUUGGUAGAAUGCUCAAGGAGUUCAAGGAGCGUCACAGCAGCGCGGUGACCACAGUGGAGUUUCAUCCACAUGAGUUUCUGCUUGCGACUGGCGGUAGUGAUUGCGUGGUGAACUAUUUCGACCUGGAGAACUUUAAUCUUGUCUCCAGCGAGAAGGAGGUCGGGUUGGUGCGGUGUAUGUACUUUAAUCCGGAGGGCGAUAGUCUCUUCGUCGGUGUGCGGGAUUAUCUUAAGGUGCUCGGGUGGGAACCGAGCAGGCUUUAUGAUUCUGUUAAUCUCGAAUGGGGGAGAGUGCAUGACAUAUCAAUAGCACAAAAUAAAGUUAUUGGAGCAUCAUUCCACUUGACCAAAGUGUUUGUCCACCUGGUGGAUUUAAACACGAUACGACCCUUUGGCGGGCAAGCCGCCGAUGCACCACAGUGUUUCACCCCUAAUACCAGUCUGCGGAAGAGUUUCUCGCGGGCAGAGAGACCCGUUUCCCUGGUGAAUCGACUCGAUGUGAAGACUACCAUCGAGGAGAGCACGUCAGGGACUGAUCCGGAGGAGGAAUCAACGGCGGCCAUUACGAAUCAAGUCGAUUACGAGGAGAUUUUUCGACCUGGACGUGCACUUGUGCGAACACCGCCACCGCCAACAGAACCACAAAGUAUUCUAGAUGCACAAAUAGAACACGAUGUAAAUGAAGAUGGAAAGAUUCUAGAUCCACAAAUCCUAGAACACUCAUUCGAAGCAUUAUCACUAGACCAUAAUAUUAACUACAGCAGAGGAUCACCGCCACCGACUCCGCCGAAUACUGCAGCUUACGCUCGCUCAAAAUCCAACCUUGAUCAAGUUUAUUCCAAUCGAGGACUAUCAAAGAAUGAUCAGAACAAAGCGAAGUCAAUGCAACCGCCACGAUACCAGCUUCAGCGACAGAGCAGCUGCAAGGAUGGCACUGCAAACAGCAACAAUAAACAAAACAGUAAGAGUAAUAAUAUUCGACAUAGUGUGUCGGAAGUGAAUCUCAACAAGAACUCAGCCGCACCGCAACAAACGCGGAAUAAUCUGCGUAAGAACUCCUUUUCGAAGAUCAGUAACAAUCAGAAUAGCAAUUCUAAUCUGUCGAAGAUCCCUAUGACGAGUAGGCAGGUUGCCAAUGAUGUGAAUACUAAACCAAUGAACAUUUUCAACUCGGAGCCUGUGGAUAUCUACGUUAAGAACAAAUUGUCACCGGAUGAGGAGGUGCGAACGAAGGAUUUUAUUCCUGUUAGUAUCGAUAGGCCUGUUGGACUGCAAUUUGAUGACUUUUUACCAAAAAAUCAUGAUUCCUUCUCAAGUCCACCAACGCAAAACAUGUCGGAGGCGGAGGUGUUGAACAUUGUGAUGGGCGGCCACGAUAAUAUGUUGAAGUUGUUAUACACCCGAGAGCGGCAUCUGCAGCUGGUUGCAAAGCAGCUCGAGCGGGACGUCAAGAUGGGGCUGGAAUUUGCGGCGAACCUCAAUGAUUUGGCUGUUAUUGUUGAUAUUUUAGGUGUUAUUAAUCAUAAACAUUCUUUAUGGAGUUUAGACUCUUGUGUUCUUCUGCUGCCAAAGAUCGAAGAGUUAAUUGAGAGUAAAUUUGAAUCAUAUAUGACGACAGGAUGUGAUUCGCUCCGUUUAAUCCUUCGAAACUUUGGUUCCGUAAUCAAAACCAAUUCGCAGUACGCGGCGGGCAGCUUCGGCGUGGAUAUCUCGCGCGAGGAGCGCCAUCAGCGAGCGUGCAUGUGCGCCGAAUUCCUCGAGGGCAUACGGCUAGUCAUUUACAAGAAGCAGGCGUACACGGGCAAAGUGGGCAACGCGUUCAAGGAGGUGGCUGAAUUGUUGCAGAGCACUCUCGACUGAUCUACAUUGUUCAUCUACGCAUGAGAGUUUUCAAUGAAGUUUAACACUAAUCACAAUUAAACGACUACUAAGAUCUCUAAUUCUUGAAGGAAACUUUAACAUAUUAAAAACCAACUAUUACUACUUUUAACUCAAGAAAUUUACUAUUAGAUAGAGAAGUUAUGAAAUUGCAUAAAACUCAACCGAAUGUGUAUUAACUUGUAAAUUUUCUAAAAAUCAAGGACUGAGCAAGUGUUUGAAUGAGUUGAGAAGCUGGGGAAAGUGAAAAUCAGAUACAUUAACAUGUGAUUUAUGAUUAACUAGAACUAAUAAGAUUGAUGAGGGUCACUAAACAAUUAGUUAGGGUUUUAAAAUGUAAAGAAAUGCAAUCUUUAACUUAUUCGUAAUUUUUAAUCAACAAAGAUCUGCCCUGUCUUAUUUUAAACUGUAAUUUAUGUUGAACAUCGAAAAUUUUAUCUUUGGGCCCAGAAAUGGGUAGAAAAAUCACGAAUGCUUCCGAUUGUUUUGUCUUACAAUUGAUAUUUCGUCGGUUUCAUAACUAACAGCAAUAACUUCAUAAUCAUUAGUCAUGUACACCAGGAACUGGAAUUCCGUCCAUUAUUCUAGUUCGUACUCUCAGUAACCAAUCCUGUAACAAAUUGUAGCAGUAUUUUCGUACGUCACUUGAUAUUGGACCCAGUCAUUAGACAUCACAACUGUAUUAUAGAAAUCAAACUGAUUGCGCCUAAUGGGAGUGGUGGAGAGAUGAAAUUAGUUUUGAUAUGAAUUAGUAACAAAUGUAAACGAAUGUAUUAUCACUCACACAUCAUUGUAAUCAAGACCGCGAGUCGAUCGCACAUAGUCCAAGUGGAAAUCGUGACGUUAUUUGUACUUUUUACCAUUUGCUUGCCUUAAGUUAACAAUUUGUGAAAUGUAAUUGAGUCGUUAUGACCAGAAGACACACACAUACACACACACAUAAUUUAGUGCCAUUUUGUGAUUUUGUUUGUUUUGUUUUUUUAACUAGUGUUUAUUUAAAUUAAUUGAUUAACUUGUAUUAAAGUACUCCUAAUUAUAGUUUUACGUUUCGAAUGCAAGCAAAUGCAGGUAAUGAUCACAAGGAUGAACAAAUAGACAGAAAUAAACUAAUGAAAUUGAAUGAAAUCUACAAAACUGUAUUGUCAGUGGUCAGACAUCUGAAAUCUGAUCUUUUGUGGUUUGAUUUUUAUUCCAGAGAUGUAAAAUGUGCGAUGUGUAACAAAUUAAAAGAUGAUUAUUUAUAAAUUAA